AUGGAGGAACUGGUCACUAUCGAUAGAUUGGAAGAUCAAUUGAUAGAUCAUCCUGAUGCUUCUACCAAGCAAGACUUGAGUGGGUCAUCUUUAGAUGAAACAUUUCAGAAAAAAUUGAAUGAAAGAGCGGAGCAAUUAUCCAAACAGUCAGAGUUUCAAAUUCUUCAGGUAAAACCUGAAUUGAUCUAUAAUUAUGAAGAUUACGGUUCAAUGAUGAAAGAAAUCAAUGAUUGGUUUUGUUAUCACGAUUUUAAAGUCAUAGGCUUGAAAGAGUUACCCAGGAGGUAUAAAAAUAGAUUACAAGAUCAAGACGAAUUUGAAUAUGUCAAGCAAUGUGUAUCAAUUAUCACCUCGGAGUCGUUAGAUUCUUUAACUUACUAUAUUCUUGGAGCAUUUGAAGGUUUGGAUUCAGAAAAUGAACAAAUCGACCGUAUACGGAGUAACAGUCGAGAUGUAUUGAGUUUCGGGUUAUUUGAAAUGAUCAUAACUUUCUUAAAACAGGUUUUCCCUAAAAUAAACCAGACCGAUGAAGAUGAUUAUUUCAAAGGUUUGACGAUUUUUUACUUCUUAAUAAAUUUUGCCAUUUAUAAUAAAGAUUCCAAGUAUUAUGUUCAAAUAAGAGAAACCUUAAAGGAAACAGGAAUAAUUGAUGAUAUUAUCAAAAUAAUCGAAAAAUGGAAGAUAAAACCCGAUUCUCACUCCAGAGUUCGAUAUUUGAUCCUUAUACUAUGGAAACUCAUACUUAUUGAAUUAGGUGAUAGUCAUAUGAUCAAACAAUGUAAAGAAUUCCUUAAUUCACAUCAUAAUAUUGAGAAAUCGACCACUAAGAAGACUUCACCUUUAGAUUAUUUCUCCUUCAGACAAGAUGUUAUAGAUAAAUAUCCCUUAUUCUAUGGAUCAUUUGAAAAUCAACUUUCAAAAAAUGCUUACGAUUUCAAACAGUUUUCAAAGGUUUUGGAUGGAGAUUUAAGUUCGGAUGAUAAUUCCAUUUGUUCAGAUAAUGAUUUUACUGAAGAUUAUAAUUAUUUCAUGGCUAUGAAUGAUCAAAAUUCUCUUUCGAAAUAUUUAUCCACCCCAAGACCCAAUAAAUCGCAUACUGUUCAUAGUCAAUUACCUGCAGCUACCAUUCAUUUAUCAACACCUGUACCGUCACCGCCCACCACACCCAGUGAAUUCAUGGCCGGAGGAGAAAAAAUAAGGAAAUCUUACCAAGUCAAUCAGAGUAUGCCACUCAUUUAUCCUAACUUGAAUGGAGAUUUACCUAUGGCCAUUAAAGAAGCAGAAGGAAUAUUGAAAAAUUCGAUAUAUGAUAGUUAUACCAAUAAGAGAUUAUGGGACGAAAGAAAGAAAUUCAUGGCUCAAGAAAGAGGGUUUAUGAAUGAAUAUAAAGAUCAAGAGAAAGGAGAAUUUGACUAUGAUGAAGAACUACUCAAGAAAUAUCCUAACAAAUCCAUCGAAAUUCGAUCAUUAAUCCGUGUUGAAGGUAUCUAUAAGAAUAAUUUAGAUCGAUUGAAUAAUCUUGCUUCGGUUUUGUUAGAUACUAUCAAAUUAACUAAAUUUGAAAAGCUUGAAUUCAUUGAAAAUCAAUUAAACGGAGAUUUAAAAUUCGACCACAUUGAUGGAUCUUCCAUUUCUUCCAUAAACAAGGUCCUCAUUCAACAAUUGGAAAUGUUAAAAAUAAGAGAAAUCACUCAAAUGGCAAGUUCUUCUAUAAUCAUUUUACUCCUCAAAUGGUUUAAACUCAACCAUGUUUUGAAAUAUUAUUAUUUUCUGUCCAUACUUUUUGAUCAACACAUUUGUACAACUAUCAUGGAAGUAUUGAAUAAAAGUUUCAAUAAUGAAAGCUUUGUUACUGACAAAGAAGAAUUCAACCAAAUUCUCUAUCAGAACAGGUUGAUGAAUCCAACAAUAAGAUUGAAAAAUCUUGAAUUUUUCAAUAAUUGCUUGAAUAAAACUGUCAAAGUGACAAAAUAUCAACUCAUAAAUACUGUCAAACUUUCAGAUUUCCUAAUUAAAGAGAACAAUGAAAGUAAGUUGAAGAUAACCAAAUUUAACUAUAACUUUGCUUUCAUAUUAUCCAACUUAUUGAACAUCUUAAAUAAGGUAUUGAUAAAGAAUUAUACCCAAAGAAUUUUAACAUUGAACGAACUCAAACCCACGGAGUUAUUCAAAAUGGUACUCAACAAUUACGAUAACAAAUUCAUAUCUCAACCCAUAUACAAGAUUCUCAAGAAGCUCAUACCUUAUCAAGGUAGGAAAUGGAAGAGUAUGAAUAUGGAUUUGAUCUCCUUAAUUUAUUUAAACUGUGAUUUACAAAUGAGAGAUAACUGGCUCAGUGGAAAGGAUUUGGAGAAUGACUUCAGUAAUUCUUUUGAUCAGGAAAUAAGUUUGAGGGGAUUAGUACAAUUUUAUAAUCUUAGGUUAUAUGGAGAUAAAAUGGUAAAUUUAGGAUAUGAAAUCAAAGAGAUGUUCAAUCUAGAGGAUGAAUUUGAUUACCUUUGA